UGGAAACGACUUUGGCCCUUCCUGUACAGGACAUUUGUCUUGUUUGUGCCGUCCAGUUUGUUUGCUGCCUAAAGUAGCUUAAAUUCAACAAGACAAUCACACCAUACUAGAAGAACAAUAGGUGAUGAUACUGAGUUGUUACCCAUGUCUGCAUGUACAGUGUGUUCUGCUGUGACUUGUUCCCCUGCAGGCUGCUGGUCAGAGAGAACAGAGGUGCACAAGGCAGCGUCCCUCGGCCAGGCCUCCCAGCUGCAGCACCUCAUCCAGACCGGAGCCUCAGUCAACGUCGUGGCCGUAGACUCCAUCACGCCGCUGCAUGAGGCCUGCCUCCGCGGACAGGCCCAGUGUGUUCGGCUGCUGCUGGACGCUGGAGCCCAGGUUGAUGCGAGGAACGUAGAUGGGAGCACCCCGCUUUGUGAUGCCUGUUCGGCUGGCAGUCUGGAGUGUGUGAAGCUCUUGCUGGAGCGCGGCGCCAAGGCCAACCCUGCCCUCACCUCCCGCACGGCCUCGCCCCUUCACGAGGCCUGCGUGGGAGGUAACUCAGACUGUGUGAAGCUCCUGAUUGCCACGGAUGCUUGUCUGGAGGCGUACGACCUUUACUACGGGACCCCGCUGCAUGUGGCUUGUGCUAACGAACACACAGACUGUGUUAAAGUGCUGCUCAAUGCAGGUGCUAAAGUGAAUGCUGCCCGGCUACAUGAGACUCCGCUGCACCACGCUGCUAAAAACAUGCAGGUUGAGAUGAUAGAGAUACUGGUGGAGUUCGGUGCCAACGUCUACGCCAGAGAUCAGCACAACCGGAAACCUGUUGACUACACCACGCCAGGCUCUCCCUCUGCAGCCUGCCUACAGUUUUAUGAGACCACCCCCAUGAGUCUGCAGCAGCUCAGCAGGCUGGCGGUGAGGAAGAAGCUGGGAACCAGAGCUCUGAAGGUCGUGGGUCAGCUGCACAUACCAAAACUCCUCAUCAGCUACCUCCGCUAUCAGUAGCCAUAUUUUUAUGCACCUUUUGAAAAAAAAAAAAAAAAACAUCCUCAUUUUCACAAAGAAGUUUUUA